UGUUCGAUUCCUGUUCGUGUUCACCUGAUGCCGAAGGUUAUUUUUAUAAAUAAUGAUGCGAAUCUCUCAUCAAAACAGUUAUCUACCUACUAUGAUAAAAGUUGUCCUCCGGUGAUGUGUGUUUACUUGAAUUAAUACGGUGUUUUUGUGGAAUUAAAUUCUAAUUUGAUUAGAUAAUAAAUUCGCCGUUAUAUUAUAAAUUGUGGUUGCUGUUACAAUAGGACUAUAGGUGAAAAGCCAUCAAAAUGUCCAUCAUAACCGGCGUAAUAUUGUAUGAUGUAAUAGGCGUUGCCAUUGGUCUUGUGACUCUUGCUUGGAUUUAUUCUAAAUGGGCCUUGCAGUACUGGAAGAACAAAGGAGUACCUUAUUUCGAACCAGCAGUUUUCUGGGGAAAUUUACGUCCACCCCACAGAAGAGACAAAUCAAUUGGUGAUGAAAUAGCCGAGAUAUAUCAAAAAGCACGAGAUAACGGAUGGAAACAUCUUGGAUUAUACAAUAUGGUUUCUCCAGUAUACAUGCCAUUGGAUUUAGAUAUUAUUAAACUUAUUUUAACUAAAGAUUUCAAUCAUUUCGUCGAUAGAGGAAUUUAUGUGAAUGAAAAAGAUGAACCAAUCAGUGCACAUCUUUUUGCUAUUGGAGGAAAGAAGUGGAGAAACCUACGAACAAAAUUUACGCCAACUUUCACCUCUGGUAAAAUGAGAGCCAUGUUCCAAACUAUAGCUCAGUGCGGAACUCAACUUAACAAAUAUUUAGUUGAAGAGAUAUCCCACCAUGAGCCUAUUGAUAUAAAAAAUAUAUUAGGUAAUUUUGCAACUGACGUCAUUGGUUCCUGUGCGUUUGGAUUAGAAUGUAAUAGUUUCAAGGAUCCAAACAACCCAUUCAGAGUAAAUGGAAGACAAAUCUUCCAAAGAACUAACUUCGAAAAUUUGAAAUUUAUGACAGCUACUAUCUUCCCAAAUUUAGCACGUCGGUUUGGUGUGAAGAUGUUGCGUAAAGAAGUUUCUGAUUUCUUUAGCAAAGUUGUUACGGAUACAGUUAAUUAUAGAGAAAAGAAUCAAGUUCAUCGCAAUGAUUUUAUGCAACUGUUGAUUGAUAUUAAGAAUAAUAAAGAAGGAGAACAUACUCCAGGCGAUGGAACUUCACUUACUCUGGACGAAAUGAUAGCUCAAAGCUUCGUAUUCUUUAUUGCUGGUUUUGAAACCAGUUCAACUACCAUGACUUUCGCUUUGUACGAACUUGGCAAAAAUCAAUCUGUCCAGGAUACACUCAGGGACGAAAUUAAUCACGUACUUAAAAAAUAUAAUGGACAAAUUACUUACGAUGCCAUAAAUGAGAUGAAAUAUAUGAAUCAAGUUAUUGAUGAGACACUAAGGAUGUAUCCACCAGUUCCAUUUAUUACAAGACAGUGUGUUGAAGACUACGUAAUACCAGAUCAAGACAUUAAAAUUGAAAAAGGAAUACGGGUAUUCAUACCAAUAAAGGGAAUCCAUUAUGAUGAAGAGUAUUAUCCAUCCGCUAAAGUUUUCGAUCCGGAAAGAUUUUCAGACGAGAACAAACAUGAUAGAAAUCAAUACGCACAUAUUCCUUUCGGAGAAGGACCAAGACUGUGUAUAGGUAUGAGGUUUGGUAUAAUGCAAACCAAAGUUGGAUUAACAAAUAUUUUGAAAAACUACAAAGUUGGCAUAAAUAAAAAGACUAAACAACCUUUGAAGCUAGUGACUACCAGUUUCAUACCAGAAGUUGAAGGUGGAGUUUGGUUAGACCUGAAAAAAAUAUAAAUAAAGAAACCAUGAGAGUAUUUAAUCAUGAAGUAUUUGAUCAUUUAUAAUACUUACAAGUUUUUAUUUUUUUAGAUAUUUAAUAUUGGUGUUUAAGUACCUUUUUAACUUACGCCAUAAUAAUGAAAACCAACAAAAAAUAUUUAUUAAAACUUAAAAAAAAAAAAUAUAGGUAUAAAUAUUUUGUAUUUUUGAUGUUAAAAAUAAAGGGUACCAAUUUUUAUACGUUGCUGGAGAGUAGGUACCCUUAUAUGAUUUUAUUUUAAAAGGGCAAACAUUGUACUAAAAAUAAAAUAUUUUAAGUCAAA